AUGGCGCUGACUGCGUUCAGCUAUGUCUCGGUGUUGAUCUACUUCUUCACCUUCUUGCUUGGACUUCCCGGCAACCUCCUCGUUCUUUUCGUGUACAUCCGUAAGGCUCGAAAACACGGCGCCACUCCCAAUGUGGUCUACGCUCUUAACCUGUGCGUGGCCAACCUCGCUCUAGUGUUGUGGAUGCCAGUCAAAGUGGCCGAGACGGUGCUCCAGGGUUGGGCGCUUCCAGCUGCCGUUUGUCCCAUUUACAGCUUCUUUCUGUUCUCCUCGGUCUACGGUAGCAGUCUGAUCCUCACAGCAGUCGUCGUGGGCCGUUACCUGAGUAUCGCCUACCCCAUAUCUUACAAGAUCUACCGCCGGGCCCAUACUUCUUGCUUGGUGAGCGCCAUUUUGUGGGCUUUAGUGCUCUUGCACGUGGGUUUUGCUUUUCUUGCCGAAGGAGGGGGACAUUUUGUGUCUUUAUCUGAGCAUAAUGUCUCUGCUUGCUAUGAAAACUUCACCCAGGAGCAGUUGAACGUGCUAGUGCCUUUACGCCUAGAGAUGGCACUGCUUCUCUUCCUGGUGCCACUUGUUUUGUCAGCUUUCUGCACGCUGCGCUGCCUUAUGCUUGUCCGACACUCUUCAUUGCCCUCUGGUGGGAAAAGAAGGGUAUUAGCCAUUGCACUCUCCACAUUAAUAGUAUUUGUGGUCUGUUAUGGACCCUACAAUGUUUCCCAUGUGGUAGGCUUUGUCUAUAACACUAAUGUGGAGUGGAGAAGCGAAGCCAUGCUUUCCAGCUCCUGCAAUGUCUUUCUAGAGCCCGUGGUUAUGUUGAUGCUUUCGCCGUGGACGCCGAGGGAUUUGAUUGACAGACUGUGCCGUAAGAGAAGAGACGCAACCUGCAAGUUGUGGCAUCAGCAUCACUGCAGUAUGGCUUCCAGGAACCCUCAGACAACAACUACACAGGCAAUGUCAAUAAUAAGCCAUGGAGGAUCUAAAGAUGACAGAGCAAACAGAGCAAACCCGUCCAUAAAAGUGACCUAA